UUUUUCUUCUCUCAGUGAUGCAUCUCCUCAAACCUUUCCUUUCCUAAUUCUCUCUCUUAUCUCUUCACUGCUGGCUGAUCUCUCAUUCCUCUUUUAUCUGAUCCUUUCUUGUCGGCUUCUUCAAGUCUCUCACGAUCUUAACUGCUUACUCUCCAAGCCCUUUCGUUGCUUAAUUCUCUAUUUCACAUCAAUCGCGCACUGGAAUCAUUUGGGUUUUUUGCCUGUUACUUGCUGUGAUCAGUGGUUUUUGUUGGAGUUUUGACGGUUCAUCUUUGUGCAAGGACUUGUGAGGAGGUGAGAUGGCGUCAUUGCAAGGACCGGUUAUUUGCCCUGCUGUGCGUGCAAAACAAGCAGGAAUUUAUACUCUGCCAGUGAAUAUUCCUUUGGUGAAUGCUAGGCUUGUUAGAAAUGGGUUAUGGAGAUUCAAGGAGAUGGAUGGUUACAAAACUAAAGUGAGUUUAUUUUCUCCUCAACUAAAUGCACAAGGGCGCUAUACAGUACAGUGUUGUUUGAGUUCUUCCUCGAAUGGUAAUGGGAGCACAGCCGAGAACUUCAAUGAAAAUGAUGAAGAUUAUGUAAACUCUAGCAUAGUUGAAGCUGUUGAGGUGAAGAGCGGAGCAGAUGGUUUCGUGAUCAAAAUGAGGGAUGGGAGGCACUUACGAUGUGUCCAUAACAACCCUCAAGGCGGGCAUCUGCCAGACUAUGCACCUCAUCCUGCAAUUGUAUUGAAGAUGGAAGAUGGGACCGGUCUUCUUCUCCCUAUAAUUGUUUUGGAGAUGCCCAGUGUGUUGCUCAUGGCAGCUGUUCGCAAUGUGCAAAUAGCUAGACCAACUAUGUAUCAAGUGGUAAAGGAAAUGAUUGAGAAAAUGGGCUAUGAAGUCAGACUUGUUAGAGUUACUAAGAGGGUGCAUGAGGCAUAUUUUGCUCAGUUAUACCUGACAAAAUUGGGCAAUGAGACGGAAUGUGUCAGCUUUGACCUUCGUCCUUCAGAUGCCAUCAAUAUUGCAGUGAGAUGCAAGGUACCAAUUCAAGUCAACAAGCACCUGGCAUACAGUGAUGGAAUGAGAGUCAUUGAAUCUGGAAAGCUAACACGGUCUCCAGCUUCAGAUGGCUUAUUAUUUACUGAACUAGAUCGGCCCACUGGUCAGCCUUGUCUUGAUACCAAGGAGUUUGAUCUUGUUCGCAACAUGGUUGCUGCCGUCAUUGAAGAACGUUACCAAGAUGCAGCUCAAUGGAGGGACAAGCUUGGUCAAUUUAGGGCUAAAAGGAACUUGAGGAAAUAUACUUGACAGUUAAUCCACGAGAAAUUGUAUAUAGAAACCAUUGUUGGAAGCUGAUAAGGUCAGCUGCAUACCGCAGCAACCAGUCAUGUCCCUUUCCCGUUCUACCACUGUGAAUGUAACAAGUUUGUGAAUAUAUGUAUAUGUAAAUUUGCUCAAGACUUUUCUGCUUAUUAGCUAUUUAAUUGCUUGAGGGAUUCUUGCA